AUGAACAACAUGAAGACCAUGAAGUCUCGCCGUGCAGGCGGUUCUGAUCGCGGGGGCAUCCGCAAGCGGGGCCCGACGCGCACUGACCGAGAUGGCGAUAUGGACAUGGAUCGAUCUGGCGUGCGUGGAGGCAAACGGCCUCGUGGUGAUAUCGGCCGUGCUAAGGGUGGUGGUCGGCCCCAAGCGCGCGACAAGACGAUGGAUGCCAUCCAAAAGGCUAUCACCAACACCAACGCCAAAGACUCGCAAGUCAACAUCCGACAGGGCAAGAGUGGGGGUGGAAGCAAUCUGGAAUCUUUCAGUGUCAGUGGCUGGAAGGAGAGCAAAGCGGCAUCAAAUCGUGAUGGUGGUAUCGAAAGUCUCCUGUCAUUUCUUGAACGACGAAUGAACGCGAAUACAAAAUCAGGACCCCGCGCUAAAAUCACAAAGUCGCGGGUUGAAGGCGACUCCCUGGUUGUAUUCGUCCGCCCCGAUUUGGCGGAUCGAAUGCUUCGGAUCAAUGGCAACCUCUUUGCAGGAAUUCAUGUAACUGUGGAGCCCUGCGAUGCAUCCAAAAGUGCAGCGCUUGAUCGCGAACUGGCUGCUUCAACUGGCACUUCCACGUCGACUGCGGACACCAAGUCUAAAAUGACGAUGAUUCUCAGCAAACGAUACUUCGCGGAUACCAAACUUCUCAAUCUCUCCAAGCUCGGGAAUGACCCGGAUCUAGUAGCCAUGGGUAUUUUCAACAGUACCUCAACUGAAUCUAAGUUCUUCCCUGCACUCAUGAAGGUCUGGGAAAUGGGGUUCACAAGUGCUGCUCAGAGACGUGAAGCGGUAGAGAGCGUGAGUCUCGCCGACAACCAACUUGCCAACGUCAGCGUCGUUACAACUCUCGCACAAGCCGUUCCCGAUCUCAAAAACCUCGACCUUUCUAACAACAACUUGAAAGACGCCCGUGCAAUGAUUCAGUGGCGCUGGAAAUUUCGAAGUCUUGAGUUUUUGGAUAUGACCGGCAAUCCCUUCUGCACCGCCCCGGAUUUCAAAGACACCAUGCUCAAGUGGUACCCCAAACUCCAAACCUUAAACAACGUUGUGGUCCGGACUGCAGAGGAUAUUGCUGCCCAGAAGAAGACGCCGAUUCCCGUACAGGCACCCUACUUUCAGGACGAAUCUCAGAUCGGAGAGAACUUCGUUCGCGCCUUUUUCUCGGGAUACGACAACAGCCGUAAUGAUAUCCUCACUGGAUUCUAUGACAACAAUUCCACUUUCUCUAUGAACGUCAACGUCCAGGCUCCCAAGGCCCAGCAGGCCGAAACCGCUGGCUGGGACCCAUACAUCAAGAAGAGCCGCAACCUCCUCAAGAUUAGCCACUUGCCCGCCCGCAUGUCACGCUCUUACAGCGGCGUAGACAAGAUUCGUGAAGCCUGGUCUACAUUUCCACAAACACGCCACCCCGAUCUGGCCGCGAAUUCGGAAGAGUAUCUCAUCGAAUGCCACCCAGUGCCUGGGCUUCCUGACCCCACUGGGCAGAGCCCGACAGGUGUUGGUGGACUUAUGGUAAUGGUUCACGGGAAAUUUGAAGAGAGCUUUGAAGGCAAGGUCGAGUCACGCAGUUUCGACCGCACAUUCAUCAUCGGCCCUGGCAGCAGUGCUGCCGGAAUCCGCGUCAUUAGCGACAUCCUAUGUCUCCGUGCGUACGGCGGCCAUGAGGCAUGGAGCCCUGAAAGCCAGGCUAUUCCCCAGGCGGCUGGUUCCACUGUUCCAAAUACUACAGCUCCUGUUCCUCCGCCAGUUGCUCAACCUGGUAUUCCCAGUGGUUAUGGUGCUCCUGCUCCUGGCAAGACCGAGACCCAGGUCCAACAAGAGCAGCUUGUGGCACAGAUGAGCGCCAAGUCUGGCAUGACGCUGCAGUUCUCCGAAAUGGCUCUAUCGGGCAAUGGCUGGAAUCUUGAUGCCGCGUGGAAGAACUUUGAGGACCUUAAGGCUCAGGGCACACUGCCUCCCAGUGCUUUCCUUUCUGCGGCCUAA